ACGUACUUCCGGUGCUUGUUUGGCUGGCAAUUUGAAAUGUGUACAAUGUAAAAUCGUGUUGUUUUCGUAGAUUUAAUGGCAGUCUUAUUAAAUGACACGUUCCAAAUCACUACUACAAGAGUCCUAUAGUGACAUAUACGAGUUUAACGCCACUUUCUAGUCUCUAUACUAUGUUUAAAAGGAUGGCUGAAUUUGGACCAGAUUCCGGGGGUAGAGUGAAGGGUGUUACGAUCGUCAAACCCAUCGUAUUCGGAAACGUUGCUCGGUAUUUUGGAAAGAAGCGAGAGGAGGAUGGACACACUCACCAAUGGUCUGUGUACGUGAAACCAUACAGAAACGAGGAUAUGUCUGCAUAUGUGAAGAAAAUACAGUUCAAGCUACAUGAAAGUUAUGUGAAUCCACUCAGAGUCGUGACGAAGCCUCCGUACGAGAUCACAGAGACGGGCUGGGGAGAGUUUGAGAUCAUCAUCAAGAUAUUUUUCAUCGACCCCAAUGAGAGGCCGGUGACUCUCUACCACCUACUGAAGCUCUUCCAGUCUGACUCCAGUGCCAUGCCCAAGAAGACUGUGGUCUCUGAAUUCUAUGAUGAAAUGAUCUUCCAGGACCCCACAGCCAUGAUGCAACAGCUCCUUAGCACCUCUAGACAACUGACCCUGGGGGCCUAUAAGCACGAGACUGAGUUUGCGGAGCUGGAGCUGCGGACGCGGGAGAAGCUGGAAGCAGCGAAGAAGAAGACCAGUCAGGAGAUCACAGACCUGAAGGAUAGACUGAAGGCCAGCAGAGAGACCAUCAACUUCCUGAAGGGAGAAAUACGCAAGCUGGAGGAGGAGGACCAGAUCAAAGACCACUGAUACACACACACUGGGUGAAUCUCAAUUGUAUUUUCUUGAUUCCUCAUACCUUCUCUCCUUGCAUCCUUCUCAAAACUCAUUGGAACACAAGAUAUGAGGUUCCUUGUCUUGGAUCUUCUCUUCCUAUGUGUUUUGAGAAGGAGAUGAGAGAGGACGCAAUGAAUCAUGGAUAUACAAUUGAGACACACCCUAAAUUCCAAAUCAACCUAUUGGCCAUCUUCCCUAGGCACCCCUGUAGAUCUG